GAUAUGAAUACGAAUUUUUAUUAUAAUACCUACAGAUGGAGAGUAUGGUUGUCCGGGUUGUUUUUCUUACAUAAAUCACCCGCGUCGUGGAUUUCGUGCUGGUUUUGACGCUACAGUGGAUAGCAAUCCUAAGUUACUGCCUAAAGAGGCUGCUACUAAAUUGGCUGAAUUCGCUUUACAGGAUUACAUUGCGAAACAAACAGAGGAAAUAAGCUUGAAGUUUGAAAGGGCUGUUGAAGGCAAUGGUUUUACGAGCACAGGUCUAUUGAUGGACUUCACUGAAAAGAGGACACAUUGGGUGCAUUUGAACUUUGAGGCAAGGGUGGGCCCCAAGGAAGAAGUGCUCCUUUUUUUCGCCGAACUCUAUUUAGAUGAUGGCAGUGAUGAUAAGUAUGUGCUUGCUACAUUCUCACCAGCUGAGGCCACUUGGAUGCAGAAGGAGGAGAUCGUGGAUGUUCCUGUUGCCCGAAAAACAUUUAUCAUCCAUGGUGUGACUUUCGGUAUAGUUUCAAUUUUCGGCCAUUUCCAAACUCGGCCUAUUGGAGAAACCAGGAUCUGUGGCGAUGCUGUUGACUCACUAUUUGCUACAGCCGAGUGU